CUUAGGUUUUUAAUGAAAGAAAGGCAGCCCGUGGUUUACCUUACAUCUGCUUGCUUAGCAACCAACUGCAUUGUAAAUAGGUAACAGGCAGUCGCUCCGAAGUUGGUUCUAGUGCGUUGUGUGCUACCUUCGCGCUAAAAGCUCAAGAAUAUGACGCGAAAUCGCUAGAUAAUCCAAAUGGAAAGCAAUGGAUUCCAAAAUAACCAUAACAAGAAUCAAAGGUUGAGAAGCACUGUAUUCAAUUCAAGAUCGAGGUUCGUAAAUACACAGAGUGCAGUCGAGAGAGCAAAGCCCUGUAAAAUCAUAUAAAUCAUUUUUGCCUGUCAGUACCUUCACUACAAAUGGCUCGUUUGGGAUUUCUGCCGAAGGAAAUAGAAACUCGCGAGAAACACGCAAAAAUGCAAUGAUGUUUAAUUCUCCAGCAACAAGACGAACAUUUCACCAGGCAGCCGGGCUGUCAACAGCCGACCAAGGUUUGAUUCAAAAAAGAAGUCCAUGGAAUGGGACGUCAUUUGUCAACGACGGAGCAAAAGAGCGUAGCUUUCGUUUUGCUGCUGUUAAAAACAUUUUCAAUAGAAAAACAUACAGCGAUCCGGAAGUUCGUCAUAACAACGGCUGGUUAGAUGAAAAAAAUAGUGACAUAAGCACUGAGACUUCAACCCGAAGUUCUGGAAGCCUAAAGACUGUUCAUUUAAGUUUCCAUAUGGAUUCUGCAUUAACUGAAAGACGGCCUGCGAAGAACAAAGUAUUUUUACUAAGCGAUUCGUCACUUGCAAGAAUGAAGAAAGCUUCCAGCAUUUACAUUGACAAGAACACCGCGUUUCAUAAACAGAGAAAGAAACAGAUUGAAAAACUAUAGAAGACAAACAUAGGUCUCAAGUAAAAAGACAAAUGUGUGAAUCUGAACAGCAGUCGAAAGAAAGGUAUGACAGAAAUAUUAGUAAUAUGAACGAGCUAAAAAAUGUAAGGAAGAAAUUCUGGAGUGAAAAGAAGAAGCGGGUUAGUAGCACCUAUGUGUCAGUUGCAGCCCUUGACACACCAGAGGUCGAUCGCUAUGCAUAUGGCCUACCAGAAGAAGGAAAAGAGUAUACGUUUGUAAAAAAAAGUUUUGUAAAGAGUAAAACAGAAUAUAAAGAUAAAUGGGACAAAUCAGUACAAAAAGCAAAAUCGAUAGUCAAACUCUUAGACCUCAAAGAAAAGGUUAAACAAACAAGAACUUUGCCGAUAUUAAAGCCGUUAACCUCGCAGUCAAAACGAACAAAGCUAUUUGAAAGCGAGGUUAAUAACUGCGAACCCAUGAAAGAGGAGGACGAAGUAGCAGAAAUAAUAGAUGAAAACAGAAAUAAUUGUGGUACCUCAGAAAAAAAUUUUGAUACCCCAGAUGUUAGCAAUACCAACAAGACAGAUUCGCUGAUUCAUACACUACUAGAUUUUGGUUCUGAGGUUUCAUCUCUUCACGGAACGACAACCGACCUUGAUACAGACUUUGAAGAUCUGUGACACUAUGCUGACAUGACGACAGCUCAUUUGCGAAGAAAAAUUGGAUAGAAAUAGAUUUUAUUUAUACAUUAGAAAUCUUGAAGCCGUACCUCUAAAGCGAAUCAAUUUAAUGCAAAUUACAUAACUAGCCAUUUUCAAAUUAGAGCAUAUUUCCCAUGCAACUAAAUUCCAAAUAUGAAAACCCUCCGUAAUUUCAUCCAUAAACAAUGUUUCUCGUACCUGUAUCUCCAACGAUCUGCCCCUUUUUUUCGUAGGAAGCUUUUUUCAUGCGGGUACAUUAAAUUUAUAAUAUAUUACUUCAAGAAAAUAGAAAGUAUUGUAAAUUAAUAACUUGUUCA